AUAAAAUGUGAAGCUGCAAUAAAGAAAAUGUUUGUCAGAUUUUUUCAGUUCACAUUAUUGCAAAUUCAUGUUUAAAUGUAAUUGUUUUUACAUUUAUUGUAAUAAUAUGUUUUUGUUUUUUUAAUCACUUAUUUGUUUUGGAAAUUAGAGUUGUGUGCAUUUGUUACAUAAAUCUGCUAGAUACCAUAGAAGAGUAUUAUUGUCAUCAUCAUCACAAUAGUACAAUAAUCCAUACAUCUAUUUGUAGCACUUUAGUGCGCCGGUAUUAAUAAGCCAGUAAACAUUAUUUUAACUAUCCAUCGUUAGAGUGAUGAUAUUGUAGGUCAAGAUGGCGCGCCAUGAUCUAGAGUGAGUCAUGGCGUCCCUAGAGUCCACAAAACAGCAGCGUGCAUGGCCACUUUUCAGAAUGGACUUAACUGCUUCUAAUACAGAGCGAGAACUGCAUGGACUUUAUUUUAAACAACACGUUCUAUACAUGAAUUAACCAAAGGAGUAUUAUAUUCCAUUUAGAUGCUUUGUUUCGAGGUUUAAAGCGAAAUAUUUGUUGGUAAAGACGACCUAAUGGGUCUUUCAGGUAAUCCAUAUUCAUCCGCUCAGAGUUCCUGCCUCACGCGCAGUGAAGGGAGCGGAACCCGGAUGGAACUGUCAUGGCUGCCGUCACCGACCUGCCAGUCUAAAGAGAAAAAAGAGGAGCCUUUAUUCUAAAGCAUGGAGGUCAACCUGACAACAUCCGAUGAUCCCCCUGAAAGCCAUGAUCUGAGCCAGGAUGAUGACACCUCACUGGACCAAACUUUGCCUCUCGAUUUGGCACAUCAGCUUCCAGAGACAGCCUCUUGCAAUGAACAUUGUGACCAAGAUGAAACACCCCCUGAGGAGUCAGCCACUGAUAAUCUUCCUACAGACGGCAAAGCUUCUGGAAAGACUCCAUGUAAGAUGCAGCAGGGUGCAAUCUUCUCUGGAAAAAUACUGAGUUUUUGUUGCUCUGAAUGCAAAGAUGACACCACUUACAGCCCUAACGACUUGCUGAAACAUUUUCAAGGAACACACAAGGGGACUCUUCCAACUUAUCCUUGUGAUCUGUGCUUGUUUGUCACCAAUGAAUUCUCAUCUCUUCAGCGGCAUCGCAUCGGACAUCGAAACACUUUGGUCACGUGUGAGAUUUGCAACGAUGGGGUGCAGUAUUCGCUUCUUUUGCUCACCAGGCACUUUACCAACUGCCACAGCCGUAAUGGACAAUUUCUCUGUAAAAAGUGUGAGUUCUCCACCCGAGAUGCAGGAACCUUUGUUCAACACAUCCAUCAUCACAACGAACGUAGUCACAAAUGUGUGAAAUGUCCACAUACUAGCUCCACACAAGGGGAGCUGCAGAGGCAUAACAUGGUGCAUUCUGGGACUUUUCCUUUCUCUUGUCAGAUUUGUGGCUAUAGUGCAGGUCGCAGAGAUUAUCUGAACAAACAUCUUACUGUGGCACACGGUGAGGAAAUGAACAAGUGGCGAACCAAUGAGGACAGUUCUGGAGUUAAUUCACCUGGAUUAAAACGGUUGCUUAAAAAGUCUCCUCCAGUUGGAGGAUCCAGAGAAUCGCAGUGGAUGUCAAAACGUAACUCAAUCCCCGGUGUAGGUCUGCUUGAUCAUAACGGCAGGUUGUUUAAUCCUGAAAAAACCUUGGAGGAGACCCAGCAGUUCCUUGAAAGAGCUGUUGGGGUUAAAAAAGAGAGUGUUAAAUGGACAAAGUCGCCCCUAAAAAGUGAGCCGCAAACUUUGCACCUCAUUCCAUCAACAACGCCACAACCAAAGUUACAAGAGCAUGAGAUUAGUCCAGGAAGUCCAGGACUUCUGAAUUCAACCAACAGCAAUGGACUGACUGUCCUUAUGGUGAAAAAUAAGAUUUCUAUUCCACCGAAUUGCACCACUAAAGUCAUGGGCUUUAAGAUGGUAGAUGGUAAAAAACAUUUAGUUCUAAAAGUCAUACCGACAAAACAAGAGGACUCCACUGAAAGUGAGGUUUCUGAUUCACACCUUGGUGACGAUGAAGAUAAAAUAACCAGCAGCCCCUGCUCUUCAUCCUCACCAAGCAUAGGAUCUCUCCUCAGUUUAGAGUCUGGAGAAUCAAAUGAGAUAUCUUCAAUAAAAGAUGAGUCACAGGAAGUUGAAAAUCACAUUGGCAACCAUCUUCCCCCGACAGAGGAGCACAAAGUUAGCUUUGAGAUUGCAAGGAAAGAUAAAGCAGGGCAGGUUAAUAAUGAGGAUACUGAAGUCUCACAUAGUGUUGAAGUACUGUCCAUGGCAUCAAAAGAUGCUGCACUUUCCCUCUGUCAGAGCCGUCAAUCCAAUGGAAGGUCAUUGCCUCAUCUUCAUGAGGUAUCUUUUCUCUGUUCAAGUGAGAAAUGCUCCACUGAUGAUAUCCAGACAGCCAGCACACUUCCUGUUUCAACUAAAGAGCUUUCCUCCACUGAUUCUGAGACCACACUUUCUGAUUUGCAGAUGGCUCAAGUAGAUUCAUCUAAAUACAAAGCUAAAGCGAUAGCUUCGGUUAUGGAUGAACCCUCAGGAUCACAGUCAUCUGCUGAUGAAACCACAUGUCCUGAUGCAGUUUCUGAUUUAGAAUCAAACCCUGAAAUGUCUGUAGAAGGCAAAUCCACAAACACUGAAAUUCUGAAAUCUAAACUUCCAUCAAAAACAACUGUAGAUGCAACAUUUUCGGUUAUGUCGGAAGAAACAUGUGAGAAUAGUACUGAACCAAACUCCCCUAUUAAAAGUCCUGUCAAAAAGAGCAUCUUUGAUUUAGUGGCUAAAGAAGGGGAGGAGAAAGUUGAGACCUCUUCCGCAGAAGUCGGAGAGAGCUUUCAGUUUUUCUCAAAUGCUCAUUCUGACUCAAGUGAGACUCCAGCCUCAGACAGUAUUGUUGUAAAGUCCUCUGAGGUAACUAAAAACAAAACCACAAAGGCAAACGCACAAAAUGAAACUAGUAAAAGUGCAUCAACUGAAGCCAAAGAUAGUAACACAGAAGUUGAAAAUAACUUUCUCAAUUCCCCAAGUCAAGAGGUCUAUAGUUUCCACAAUUAUUCUAAAGACACUUCUGGGAGCUCUCCUGAUUCAUUGCUGCCUGAGGAAGACACACCGCAGGGCCUGGAGGAAGAAGAGUGCGAGGAGGAUUUUGGUGAUUGGAGCUUAACUCUUCCAGCAUCACCUCCUCUUCCAACUGAAGAAGAUAGCAAGGGAGGGGCUAAUGAGAGUGAUUUGGUCUCUCAAAGUGGAGAGAAAGCAUUAGAGAGAGUGUCAGAUAGUGAUAUUGAGGUCGAUGAGUGCAUAGCUACUGUAGAUGAUUCACUCAUGCCUGAGCUUCCAGAAAAAGGAGAAGCAGCUUGUUCAUCAGCACCAGAGAAGAAACAAGAAGGCAUCACCUUUGCGAGUGAGAACACCGCAGCAAGCGUGAAUAGUGCGGCUGUUUUGGGCAAGAUACUCGAAAAGCACUCAGAUGCCAUAAUCAGUCAGCAACUUGAGAAAGAAAGAAUGAGGUCUUCAGUGACAGUACAAGAAACUGCUAGACCGACCAAAACCACACUUCGGAUCUUGCAGACACCUGAAGGAAAACAGCAGAUGUUCCUUCAAACUACAGACACUCCAUACGCCGUGCCAGUUCAGCUGAAAAGUGGAGCUGGGUUCAAGCUAAUUACUAAGUCCUGUUCUCCCAAAAUUAAUGUGUCUUAUGUGAAACCUGGGAUUGAGAUGGCCAGCAAGGCUACGGGAGUAGCUCUCACUUUAAACGGAGGCAGAAUCGGCAUGUCUGCACAAAGUUCAAAUCUUGAAACAAAAGGUCAAGCGUCUGCCCAGAUGACACCAAGUGGCAGUGGAAACCGCUACUUUGUCAAUGCUUCUGCUCUUAAAACAUCUCUUCUCUUAUCAGGUGCUGUCAAGUCCUCAUCCGGAGAACAGGUGACCAACGUGCCACAGACUUGUUAUUUGGUUCAGAGACCACUCCCCGUUACCCCGGUUAGUAGUGAGUCAAGUGGUUCAAGUUCUAAGACUGUACUUGCAACUCGUCCUGUAUUGGCCAUGCCUGUGAAUGCUGCAGAUAAAACCAGUCCCUUGCAGACUGGGAGGCAAGCUUACUUGGUUAGAUAUAUUUCUCCUGCCAAGUCAGGUAUACUUGUAAACAAUUCAGACGGGAAAACGUUGAACCAGGGCAACCAAGUGAACGAUGCUGGCAAAAACAGGGUUUUCCUUAAGAUAGUUAGAGGUCCCAACGGCACUAGAUUUCUCUCCACUGCUCCAUACACCACAGCCAAAAAAUCUGUAUACCUUGCCACAAGCUCUCUACAGUCACCUUGUUUGUUAAUGUCCUCAAAUAAAUCUUUAACCAAUGUGUCGGCAGGACUUAAAACCUCUACUAAUUCACAAGGUCUCAUUCAUAAACUCAUCCCCGCAUCCCAGCUUAAACACAUUCUAUCCCAGUCCAAAGCUCAAAUCAAAAGCAGGGCUGAUCACGAUGUAGCAUUACAGAAGUCGCCGCUUGUUCCCUGUUCCAUCCGUCCACGAAGCCAAAGGAAACGGAGGCGAAGGGCUUUGUUUGAGGAAAUGCUGGAGAGCUCCUCCAAAAUGAGGAGAAUCUCAAGCAAGUCGUCGGCCGAGAAAGACGCUACCUCAAUUUGGGAGCCUGUUGCGAAAGAUGUCGUGAGAACGCUGAGGCUCUGUCCCUUUAGUCCACUUCAAGAAAUCAGAUGUCCUCGGCGUAAUCAGCCUGUGGUUGUGCUGAACCAUCCAGAUGCAGACAUUCCUGAAGUUGCUAGCAUCAUGAGGUCAGUGAACAAAUACAGAGGUGAAGUUCUCAAGGUGGCACUGUCCCAAAAUACAGUUAAAGCCCUGUCGGAGUCUCCAAGAACACUUUCAAAGCAGAGUGCUUCCAAUGGCAGUGGGGCUGAAAGAUCAAGGCCAGUAGGAGGUGCUGUUCAAGAGAGAUUCAUACUGAAACUGAAGUUAAAAAAGACUAGCAGAAAUAAAUAUGAGGUGGUGAGGUCCUCAUCUGCUGGUUCAGAGCAGCAGUCAACAUUUUGUUGCUGGUUUUGCGGCCGAGUUUUCAACAACCAAGAGGACUGGAUUGGCCAUGGUCAACGGCAUCUAAUGGAGGCAACAAGAGACUGGAAUAAGCUGUACUAAUGCAACUACAGAGCCCCUGGAUUGGGCAAAAUGCCAUCCCUCAUUGUAGAAAACAGAUUUCUUUGUAAUAUUUUCUUUUUUUAAAUAGUACAGUAAGAUACAGUUAACCUGUUGAUAUUAUUUUUCCAUAGAUUUUUCUUCAGAAGCUUUUAAAGGGUAUAGUGUAAUAGAGAAGACUUUGGUACCUGAAACAAGUGUGUAUGUAAAUAAUUUUCACCCUUGUAUAUUUAAAUCAAAACCCUGGAGUAUGUAUAGAACGGAACUGUGAAAACUGGACACUGUAUGUUUAUGGUGCAAGCAGAAAGAUCACUGGUAUAAGAUGGUGCUGUCUCUUAUAGACCUCUUUUAAUGCAGACAAUUGAACUGAAUACUCAGGUAAUUCCAUAAUUUUUGAAUGAAUGAGUGAAUGCUCCAGUUUAUAAAAAAAAAGUAAUCUGUGUUUGAUUGUAGAUUUUUAUGUACCAUCUAAGUACAGUUUAAGUUGGCUACAUUGUUAUACCUACAUCACUGAACCAAUUUUAAUUUCCAAUUAAUGUCCUUUUGGGGCUUUUCAGAGAAAUCGAAUUUGAUAUGCAAAUUUUAAAGGGGUAGUUCACCUAGAAAUAAACAAUUUUCUCACCCUCAUGUCAUUCCAAACCCGUACAGCUUUUUCUUAUGUGAAACGCACAAAAAAAAAAAACCUUGUAUCACCAGUAUUAUCCAUGCAGUUAAAGUCAGUGGGGUCUAAAACGUCAGACCCCACUGAAUUUCAUUCUGUGGACAUUUUUCAAAAUAUCUUCAUAAAGGUUUGAUGUGACAUAAGGGUGAAUAAAUGAUGAUUGAAAUGGUGAACCAUCCCAACUGGUUCCUGUGGAAACCAUCCUGUUAAAAUGUUGUGUACUUUGAGGUGGUUUGCCAUUAACACGCAGUAUUUGUUCUCAUGUUGUUUAUUUGGGUCAGUUUCAUGUUUCGCUGGUACCAUGCAUCUCCCUUCAUAAUGUCAGUUCAGACCCGGUGUCAUUUCAGUAGCAAUAAUGGACUUUAUAAUGCUGUAGUUGGAAUUUUUCUCUGUAAAGAUAUUCUGAAUCUACAUCCGUCAGUUAUGGCUUUGGUGCUUUUGUUGUCCUUUUCCUUAUUUGAAAUGAAGUAAUGCACCUGUAAAUGUACUAUUAUGCUUUACUAAAAAAAACAUAAAACAGGAUGUAUUGAGAUGCAAGCCAACAAACCUCAAAUAGCCAACCAAACACUAACUGUAUUUUCAUUUUCUGUGAUACUUGAGUGCCUCAUUCUGCCUCAAAGUUUUAACAAGAGGGUCUGUUUUUCCAUGGUAAAGUCCAGAUUUGUGAGAUUCUUGUGUGCUUAGCAGAGUUCAAAGAUUGAAAGUUGUGACCAUUUAUCCUCGCUACAUUGAUUUUUGUUUUCAACUGAUUUAUAAAGCCACAAAAUUGUGGCUUCAGACACUAUAUUCUCAUUGAUAGCCCUAAUAUCAAGUCUUUUCAAAAUGGGUUUAUGUUUCAUAGAAACAAUUGGUUGACAGUUUAAAACUCGUCAAAACACAGCUGAGAUGGUCAUUUGAGUUAUGACAUUUAAUAUAUUCUUUGCAUUAAAAGCCCGGUUUACUAGGAAUUCAGUACUAGUAUUGUUUUAAACGUCAACACUGUCCAUAGCUGAUGGUGUACUCAAUGGUGCUUUUAAAUCUAUUUGAGUUUGCUAAUUUUUUAGGUUUUUAAAAAAAUAUAUAAUUUCUUGUUAACACCCCACAAGUGCUCUGAUCUGCCACACUUUAGUCUCCCCGAGAGAUCUCUGUAAUUGUUAGGACAAUGUCUUCAUUUGUCUGUGUCCAUUAAUUGGUCUUUGUCCGUUGUGCUUGAAAGAAGCUUUGAUGGCAGAGAGGUAAUAAUCCAUCCUUGAUUUAAGUAGCUAGUGUUCAGUGUUUUAUAGUUGUCCGAAUAAAUCAGUGGAUUUUCUGAAGCUUUACUUUCCCAUGUUCAGUCAGUUACCUACUUUGUUUCUAACAUGUGAGAACUAUGUUGUUGGCCUAUAAAGUUUUAUUUUCAAUAUUCACUCAGUAUGUUUGUCACCCUCUUUGUGACACGACAAUCACUGUUAUACAUUUGAAGUAGUGGAUCUGUUUAUGCAAACCAUAACAGUUGACUAAUAUUCAGCUCAAAUGGACCAGCUUGAAACGAGUAUGUCACGCCAUGGAAGAGCAAAAAUUUAGUCCUCACUCAGACACCUGUCAACCAAAUAAUGUUUGUCCUCAAGCAAAAACGUCCUUUCUUCUUGUUGUAAUGCCCAUGUCACACAGGUUUUAUUGGGAUCUGAGAGACGAGUUUAUUUUUUUAUGCUAAGUGCCUAAAAUGUGAUGCACCAGGUUGACACUAUAUUGUACUGUAUUUACCUCCUUGCAGUUCCUUCUUUAAUAAAUGUAAAUACCUUUGAAGAAGAUGG